AUGCUACAACUCCUUAAGGAUGGGGGCAUCGUGAACGUGGCCUCCUCUGCCAACCUCCUCACCAACUCCAAGAACGUCCAGUUGGUGCUGGACCCCAGCCUGGCCCUGCUGAGUCGCCGCCAGCGUCGGCUGAUCCGGCAGAACCCUGGCAUCCUGCACGCCGUCUCCGCAGGCCUCCACACCGCCAUAAAGGAGUGCAAGUGGCAGUUCCAGAACCGGCGCUGGAAUUGCCCGACCACCCACAGCCCGGCGGUGUUUGGAAAAAUCAUCAACCGUGGUUGCAGAGAGUCUGCGUUUGUGUUUGCCAUCACCAGCGCCGGGGUCACCCAUGCGGUAGCCCGGUCCUGCUCAGAGGGGUCCAUAGAGUCCUGCACCUGCGACUACCGGCGCCGCGGACCGGGGGGUCCGGACUGGCACUGGGGCGGCUGCAGUGACAACGUGGACUUUGGCCGCAUGUUCAGCCGGGAGUUUGUGGACUCCAGUGAAAGAGGCCGGGAUCUACGCUACCUCACCAACCUGCACAACAACGAGGCCGGGAGGCUGACGGUGUCGUCCGAGAUGCGUCAAGAAUGCAAGUGCCACGGCAUGUCGGGCUCCUGCACGGUGCGCACCUGCUGGAUGCGCCUGCCCAGCUUCCGGGCGGUGGGGGAUUAUCUGAAGGACCGCUUCGACGGUGCCUCCAGGGUGGUGUACGCCAACAAGGGAAGCAAUCGCGCCUCCCACCGCGCCGAUCCCAGACACCUGGAGCCCGAGAACUCGGCCCACAAACCGCCCUCCACCAAGGACCUGGUGUACUUUGAGAAGUCGCCAAACUUCUGCUCUUACAACGGCAAGACGGGCACGACGGGCACGACGGGGAGGACCUGCAACAGCUCCUCUCCCGCCCUGGACGGCUGUGAGCUGCUGUGCUGCGGGCGCGGGUUCAAGACCCGGACGGAGUUGGUCACCGAGCGCUGCCACUGCACUUUCCACUGGUGCUGUCACGUCAGCUGUCUGAACUGCACCACUACACAGACUGUACACGAGUGUCUGUGAUCAAAGCUGGGACACAAGACUCACACCCGUUUCACGGAUGGCAUUCGCAUGCACCACGGGUGAUACGGCAACAAGAAGACACUUCAAAACAGACACGUCAACUGGCUACUUCUGAAAUGGCUCCCAUCCAUUAGUUUUAACGUGUAGUAAGGGGACCCAUGCAGUCAAUUCUAGGACCUGCACUCCAGCAACAAUGCAAUGAGGUUUGUCUCAUCGUUGUUCACAUUUGGCGGACGCGAAGCAUCAUAAAAUCCCAAGUGAUGGAUGGAGGUGCAUGUUAAUGUCAGAUGUGACCUCAGCCUGACAGAAUGUAUCUGGACACUUACACACACUCGAUGUCAAUAAGACCAGAGGAUCUACUUAAUCGCCAGGUGGGACGAGGAGGCACACGGGUAUUCAUAACUAAAUUCAUGUCAGGUACAUUUGGGAAUUACAUGAUUUUGUAUUUGCAGGGCUUUUUGGAAUGACGCAUAAACAGGGUAAAUAGGUAAACCUUUCUUUCAUAAUAUAUUGAAAGGUAAUCCUUUAUCCCCAAGAGCAUUUCCAUAGGGGGGUUGGGUGGAAGACAAGGAAAAGGACCAUAUAAGGUGACAAUAUGGAGCCCUUUUCCAGUCCUUCAGCUAUUAAUCUUCCCAAUAGAUAGACACAGUGCCUGAUAGUUUGUCUUUUUUUUUUUUUUUU